AUGACAGGUCUUGCUAACAUCAUACCGUCACACAUCAAAGACGAGGGCCGUCUGAAGGAGCUGCGAUUCACUCGGGCUCAGACCCGCAGCUAUGGGCGUUGGCGAAGAGGGCUCUACAAUGCAAUUAUGUCUACUCCCGAUACGCUUCAGGUUGACGGCAGAUUCCUUUCUUCACUUCUCCUCGAUGCCCCUGCAAUGAUGGAUCUUGGAGGCGUACAAGGAUUGUGGCUGGGGGACUCCUGUUGCAAUGAACCCUCCAUAGCGGAGUGGAGGACAUUUUUCUCCGCAUUUCCGUCCCUCGAUACGCUAGUUGUCAGCCACCGCCCUUCCCUCAACAUCAUAACAGCCCUCACCCUCCCUAAAGAGACUCCCGAUGCCACCUUUGUGGCUCCAAAUCUCUCCACACUCCGUAUAUAUGGUAAUCAAAUCCCAUCUGUCCUCUGUUUGUCUAUUUUCGCCGAACAGCGAGACCGACGCAACAACCGACUGAGGCUCCUCGAGAUCAUCUCGGCUAGCACAUCCCCUCCUUCAUCGGGGUGGGGUACUCCCACAGUGAACGCCCACCCCAGCCCCAAUACUCACGUGGAUAACUACAACCAGCAGGACCAGCAAGCAUUCGACAAUGGCAGCAGCGAUCACAAUGGUGGUGGCCAAGGUGGCACAGGGAAUCGUGAACUUGAGGUUCAUCCUCGAUGGCCGAGCGUUCUCGUAGCAGAUCUAAUUACUAUGGGCGAUUAUGUGGAAACAGUGGACCGUACGAAGGUUGAGAUGGGUGCUGCGUUUGAUAUUGUGCCGCAGUGGCCUCCCAGAGCCUUCACUUGGUUAGCCCAAAUGAUGUUCUAA